UAGUGGGUGGCAAGUGAAUGCUCAGGAACGAUAUGUCUGAACAGAAACAGUACUGAAGGCUUGUCUUGAGAAGAGGUAAUAGGAACAAAAACAUUGGUUUUCUGAAUGGGGGGUUAAUUUUGAUGAAGUCCCUUUGAAGAUAAGCCAUCCAUAAUGGGAGAAGUUUUGAUCUUGUAAAGCUGUUCUUCUCAAGUGAGCAAACUUAGUGAACAGUCAGAAUGAAGGUGAAAUGGACCAAGUUAGGGAUGGUGGUGUUUUUCCUGCUUUCCUGUGUCAUGACUGGAUGUUUUGUUUGGCAGUACAGGAUGCCAAAACUACAAACAGUAGAAAUUGAAGAAAGAAAGGGGGUGAAAGAAGAAAAGAUGUGCCCUCGCUUCCCAGAGCCUGUACCCUUGCAGCACCCUAUUGCAGUGCUCAAGGAGGCCUUAGAACAGAUAGAUACACUUUUAAGGUCAAGUAUUGACAACAUCAGCCUACCAGCUCUUUCUGCCAUUGUGGUUUUCAAUGACUCUGUGCUAUGGAAUGGACACUUUGGCAAACUAAAUGGAAGUAGCCCUUCCUCACCUUCACCCAAUGAAUACACAGUGUAUAGAAUUGCCAGUCUGUCAAAGAUCUUCCCUACUCUGAUGUUGUAUAAGCUUUGGGAGGAAGGAAAGAUUGAAUCCUUGGAUGACCCCUUGGAGAAAUAUGCUGAGAACUUUACCGUUAAGAAUCCCUUGGGGAAGAGAUGGGACACAGGCAUACCACUUGCCCCGGGGCCCCGCUUUCCAUCUCUUACCUUACGCCGCAUGGCCAGCCAGCUGUCUGGAUUGCCUAGAAGGCUGAGAGCAACCAGUCUCCUUUGGGAUGGAGACACUGAGUCCGCCACUGAUUUGUUAAAGGAUGAUGUCCUAGUGGCAGACCCAGGCACGAAAUGUCACUAUAGCAACGUGGCCUUCUCUUUGUUGGCCAACGUGUUGGCCCAGAAGAUAACAGACUCAGACUAUGAGCAAUGGGUGUCUGAAAACCUCCUGUCCAAAGUAGGGAUGGAGGACACAGGCUUCGACAUCACCCCAGGCAUUCAGAACCGGAUGGCUGUGGGAGUGUACAGCAGUGGCAAACCAGCUCCCCUCUACGACCUGGGUUGGUACCGCCCCGCCGGUCAGAUGUACUCGACAGCAGCUGACAUGGCCAAGUUGGCUAUGAUUCUGCUGGGGGCCUAUAGCCGGCCCUUUCUUCGGCAAGACACCCUGAAGACCAUGCUGACCCCUCUAUUCCGCUGCCACGAUGGCUACUUUGCCAAUUCCACUGGCACGCCCUGGGAAGUCAAUGAGCAGCUGGGCUACGAAGUGGUGAGGAAGGAUGGAGAUUUGGAUGGAUACGCAGCCACCUUCUCCCUGGUCCCACAAUUAAAGCUUGGACUCGUAAUUCUGAUGGCAGGGGUACGACCAGGGAAACAGGACCUUCUCACCCAGGCCUACAGCUCCCUCAUCCCUGCCAUGGAAAGCGCCUUUAGGGAUGCCCGACGUAACCUCACUCCACCGCCCGACCCAUUGCCCUACGUGGGUGUCUUCACCUACAAGAACAUGACCUUCUAUGAGAUCAAGGUGGAUGUGGAUGGGGUUUUGAUCAUGCAGCAGUUUGGGCCCCAGGUGGACACCUCUGUGCCAGUUAAGUACAGGACUAUCAGGCUGGACUACCUGGAGGAGAGGGUGUUCAGGGUUGUGUUUGAGAGGGAGUAUCCCUGCAAACUGAAGGUCAACAGCGCCUCCGUGUCACUUGAGGCCCAGGACAGACAGCUCUUUAACUUCUAUGUCUUCAAUAAAAAGAGGCAGUCCCCUGGAUUCGACUCCCCAGGAUUAAACACGUACAACGUGAUCCGGAUAUUUCGUCGGCCAAUAUUUACCAAAUAAACUCAGAGCACAAACAUGAACAUUACCAAGAUGGAAGUGAUUGAAAUAUCGUCCAUCUAUGCCCAUCGCUUACCAAUCAGUAGCUUUUCUGUUGUAUGGCAAAUUACGUUUUCUUCAAGGGCAUAUGUAUGAACUUCCAAAGUUUAAAGUUCAUUGCACCUGAGUGACUACAAAACUAGGAAAUACAACAUAGAGGUUCCCAUGACAAAGUGCCCCCUUGACUCUUGAGGGGAGUGGGAAGAAAGGAAAAAAAUCUGAAGACUGGAGAAAUACUUUUUAUCGAUAAGACCUUUUUAUACCCAUUAAGCAAUUUGAAAUGCCUAUGUUUGAAUGUGGAUGAAGCCAAGUAAAUGGUUGUGUAUUUUUUUAAACUCUAUAGCAAUUGUCAGAGGGCCUUUUUUUAUGAGUUCUGGAGCACUUGAUCAGGUUAUUUUGCAUCUUCUAUGCAGUAUAUGUGACAUGAAGAGCUAAUAACAAAUGUUUUAAGCAUUUAGCAUCUAGCCACCUAAGGCAAUGUCUUCCGGUGAUUAUGAUGAACACAUUUCCUUCUGAAGCACACGGCAUGUUACACCUAUUCUUAGACUUUCCUUCUCCUUGUCUAUAACCUUUCCGAUUUAUUUAAAGAUUGCCUCCGGUAAACCUCUGUAAUCCCCUCAGUUCGCCCAUGUAAGCAGUGACCAAAAGACAAAUCACCACAGGAGCUGGAAACAGCACUUUAAAUGUAAAACUGUUCAAUCGACAAUGAACAAAUGAAUGAAAACUAUCUUUCAAACAUUUAACUCUGGGAAUUACCUAAAGCCAGGAUAAGCAAGUAGCCUGAAAAUUAAAUGGAAUAAAACAUAAAAGCAUAUUAGUGCAGUAUGGCUUACAGAGUAGUUUCAUCAACCAAGUCUUAAAUGUAUGUUAUUGCAUAUGUUUUCAAAUAGAUGUGGUAAUCCUUUUAGCUAAAUUCAAACAUAGGAGGAUGAUUACUGACAGCAAAAAGUUACGUACAAAAAUUAUAUUUCACAUUAAAGACAUCCAACAGUUCACAUGCAUUACACACAUCCAAUAAAACACAUUUCAUAUCCAUUAGUUCCUCUUUGAUAUUGCAACUAUAGGAACGAUACC